AUGCACGACAGCCAAACCAACAAGCCCAUAGAUAACGUCAAGAUUGCGGCUAUCGUUGCGGCGGCUACCUCCGACUCUGCAUUCCCUGAUACAAGACUUCUCGAGUCAAUCAAAUAUCCACGCUUGUUAUCAUUUGGCCUGGCUCCUGUUAGCCUGCACCGCGAUCUGACUUUCAGAGGCUUACAAAUCUUUCUUGGAAUUUACGUCAACCUACAUAUUCAUCUGGUUAGCCAUGGAAGCUUGUCAUCGCCCCAUCUCGUCAAAGUGCGUAUAAUUCUUCGUCGCGUUGACAACCAAGCAAUAAUAAAAUGUAUGUUUACAUGUGGGACUGGAAAAGAUAAGGCAACUUCUGAUUGCAAUACACUUUUCCCUUGGUGGACAUGA